CCGAACAACCAGCUGGCCACAUCGUCGCCAACCUGAAGGAUGGUAGCUGGGACACUGUGCGCCACGGUAAUUACCCAGUAGCGUGUGUGGGCUUGAAAACGCCAACGCGCUGCACCUCAACGGAAUUUAUCGGCGAGCCUGUUCCGCCAUGCGACCCGGAAUGGUUACCGUCAACGAACGUUGAGCCGCAUCUCUAUGUGCUGAUGGUGACGGCGCGAUUCAACUAUACCAAGGAACCGUUCAUCAACUAUUCGCUCUACUUGAACCG